AUUUUGGACCACUGAAGCAAGUUGAAGCUGCCAAUGGCGGUGUGUUUUGGACUGUUGUGAAAGCUCUGACUUUGAUUCUCAUUCACUCCCUCUCACCCACUCCUUCCCCUUCUCCUCCCCCCUCAAAAUCCACUCCUUCCUCCGUCACAAAUCUCCACCGUCGAUUUCAGCAAUGGUUGGCCCGAUGAUCGGCGACAGACGCGGCUGCGGCGGCGGCGGUGCUCCCGAGGAGGAUUUCAUCCGGAGGCACCACAAGCACGACGUCGGCGAGAAUCAGUGCUCUUCGUCCUUAGUCAAACACAUCAAAGCUCCUCUCCCUCUCGUUUGGUCGCUGGUGAGGCGGUUCGAUCAGCCGCAGCGGUACAAGCCGUUCGUGAGCCGGUGUAUUGCACAGGGCGAUUUGCAGAUCGGAACUGUGAGAGAGGUGAAUGUGAAAUCGGGGCUGCCUGCUACCACUAGCAAGGAGCGCCUCGAGCUGCUCGAUGAUGAGGAGCACAUUUUCAGCAUGCGGAUUGUCGGCGGAGAUCACCGCCUCAAGAACUACUCCUCCAUCAUCACCGUUCAUCCAGAGACAAUUGAUGGAAGGCCGGGGACAAUGGUGAUCGAGUCCUUUGUUGUGGAUGUUCCGGAAGGGAACACCAAGGAUGAAACAUGCUACUUCGUUGAGGCUCUGAUCAAAUGCAACCUCAAGUCGCUGGCUGAUGUCUCGGAGCAUCUAACUGCACAGACCGGUGAUAAUCAAUAAUGGUACGAGUGGUGGUGACUACAAGUUCACAAGAAAAAAGAUGAUGAUGCUACAUACAUAGAUCUAAAAGUGAGUAGAGAGAGUGGCGUGGGCGCCACUCCUCGGCUGUCUUUCAGCUAUCUAUGCCCUCCUCCUCCCAUCCCGUUGAAAGGUGUGUGGGUUUGUUGCUUUAGUUCUGUUUCCACGCUCGGCCCGCUUUCGUUGCAUCCCAGACCAUCACUGGUUCGGGUAUGUGCUUCGAACUUUUGUUUUGAAAUUUGGGUUGUAAAUAUUGUAGGCUAGGAAGAUUAAUCACUUUGAUAUGUUUGGAGCUUGAUAUGAUUUUGUUUGUGUAUUUGAUACUGUGACUAAGUUGCUAUUUUGGGAUUCAGUUCAAAGUUUGUAAAUAAUGUUGUGUUA